CACAGUCCGCUGUGAUGAGCCUGGCAGGGCAAACCGAACUCCUUCUUCUCGGCAUGCAGUCAGAGCAGGAAGGGUGUUAGGGUUCACUCAGGAGCCAACCUUGGGAGGAGAAUUUGGGGGAAUUCUUGCUGCCUGCUGAUCAGUUCAGGAUUCCUGCCUAGAAAUCUCCACCGGGCGAACUCCCGUCAGCCGUUGCUAGAAUGAAGCUGUUGCUUUGUAUCUUCCUGGCCUCUCUUGCUUCUGCUGCUACUGCACAUCUACACUCAGACCCGACGCUGGACAACCACUGGGAGCUCUGGAAGAAAACCUAUGGCAAGCAAUACAGCCACAAGGUGGGGUCUGUGCAGCUGUGGGUUCGAAGUGGGGGAGGGGGAUUUCCAUCACCAUCUCCCCUCCGGUCAGCAGAAAGAGGAAGGGGAACGGCGCGUGACCUGGGAAAAGAACCUCAAGCUCGUUAUGCUGCAUAACCUCGAGCACUCACUGGGGCUGCAUUCCUAUGAGCUGGGCAUGAACCACCUGGCAGACAUGACCAGCGAGGAAGUGGCUGCUUUGUUAACUGGAGUGAAAAUUCCCCACCCACCUGACCGGAAUUCCACCUACAAGCCGCGCCCUGGCAGCCAAGUGCCGGACUCAAUGGACUGGAGGGACAAAGGAUGUGUUACUGAUGUGAAAAAUCAGGGGCCCUGUGGCGCCUGCUGGGCUUUCAGUGCUGUCGGUGCCCUAGAAGCCCAGGUGAAACUGAAAACUGGAAACCUGGUGUCUCUCAGUGCACAGAACCUAGUCGACUGUACCAGUAUGUACGGGAACCAGGGCUGCAGCGGUGGAUUUAUGACCCAAGCCUUCCAGUACAUCAUUGAUAAUGGCGGCAUUGAUUCGGACGCUUCCUAUCCGUACACAGCUCAGAACGGAACGUGUCACUAUAACCCUGCCACGCGAGCCGCCACCUGCUCCAAGUUCGUUGAGCUCCCGUAUGCCGAUGAAGCAGCCCUGAAGGAUGCCAUAGCCAAUAUCGGACCUGUGUCUGUCAUCAUAGAUGCGAAACAGCCUUCGUUUUUCCUGUACAGAUCAGGAGUCUACGAUGAUCCACGAUGCACUCUCGAGACGAAUCAUGCGGUUCUGGUUAUCGGCUAUGGCACCCUGGAUGGGAAGGACUUUUGGCUUGUGAAAAACAGCUGGGGUGUAAAGUUCGGUGACAAAGGGUACAUUCGAAUGUCCAGGAACAAAAGAAACCAGUGUGGGAUUGCCAGUUAUGGCUCUUAUCCACAAAUAUAGAGGGACGCUCUGCUUCAGAAUGCACUCUGGAGAUGUGGUCUGUUAAAGUGCGAAUCUUAGCCUUGCUGUAAUCUAACUGCUCUGUUUGAGAACAAUGUACGGGCUGUAGUGGCAAAAUCCUCCCAUCAGAUCCAUCUGACGGACCUGAGAUAAGUAGCCAAAAUGAUGAAUGAUCGUGGUUGGUCUGGUCCAGAAUUUGGGCACUUGUAGCUCACUCUCCCUAUCCCGCAGGGGUGUUUUCAAUUGAUUAAUGUCUAUACAUUGCUUUGCGCAUGUGAAGUGCUAUUUCAGUGCUAAGUAUUGUCACUGCCACUGUCUCAAAACGUAUUGGCUGAAGGCCAUGUCGCACGGAUAAAGCUACUCCACGUGGUGGAGUUGCCGAAGCCACGUCAGAGGUGGAGAGGCGAAGUAGAUGGAUCAGCACAUCCCUAGCCACAUGUAUGGAUUUUCCCCAGUACAGGUCACAAAGCAACCUAGGAGAUCAAGCAAACCAUGGACAUUCCUUGGAGGGGGGAAUGUGUUUCCCAUGGCCACACAAAAUUGGGUUGGUAUCUUGCAAUGCUGCUCCCAUAAGUCUUAUGUGAAGCCAUUACACACCAGCCAUCAGAAACGACCUGAGAUCGCCUUGUGCCGUGGAGAAGCCCAGCCAUGGAACCAAGCGCUGCUGCUGUUAUAAAAUGUGACCUACAGAGUGAAGCCAGCCUUUGCCACCCGCAGCGCUUGGACCAAGGACACGGUGCAUAGAUGCCCUGCUCUACUCCACAGGCUGCAGGCUGGGGGCUCCCUGCUUCUGGAUCUGACCUCCUGUGCCCUACUUUAGGGUAUGAUUUGCAGACACCUAUUGACCGAAUCCUUGCGGGAUACAGUUUCAGAGUGACGUCACACAUCUCUACAGCACGUGAAAUGCAUUCUCUUCUCUCCAAUUCAGCGGUGAGGUUGCUAUGACGAUCCAGAUGUAAUCUCAUCAGUAAACAAUGCAUGUAAUAGAAAUUACACAUUCUCUUCUGAAAGGAAAAAAAAUAUAUUCAAUUGUCUGAGAAGGUUAGGGUCAGUCUGUUUAGCAGGGCCAGGUGUGGGAUAUUUAGCGAGCGACAGAAAUGCAAAGCCACACUGAUUACAGACGAAACAAACUCUAAGCCCUGAUGCUGCAAAAUCUAAUUCAUGAGGGUGGAGCCCUGAGUCUCUGCAAAGCCCCAAGAGGGCUCCAUAUGGGCACAAGGGUCUGCCUGAAUUAAUCAGGUUACAAGCUCAGGGCCUUAGCUAAUCAAAGGGAAGCCGGCAAAAAUGUGGGAUCCAUCAGUGUAUUGCAGGGGCCAGGUAGAAAAACGAUCACCAAUGGGACAGUAGUGAGAAAUCACAUCUUUGUCAAAAUGUAACCAUUUGGGGAGCUUGUCCCCAGUUAUUUCUUUAUCUUUGUGGCUGGUUUUAGCAAAAUAUAAUUUGUCAGUUGCAAAAAAAAAUCCCCGACAAACCCACAAAAAACCCCACCAAUGGAUGAACGUGGAACAACUGAGCAACAUCCACUCACCGUGAAAUUUCAUGAGAUUUGCAACAACCACCAAAGUAUUUUUUGCCCUCAGCUAAAUUUUCAGUUGUACUUGGGUGGUUCCAUGAGGCUGUCUUGUGUCACUGCUUCCCCUUAUUUGCGGGGAGCGCCAGGUGAGUGACUGAUGGAUCUUGGGCAGCUCAUGUUGCUAGGCAAUAUCUGACUCUAUACUGUUUGUUACCUGAACGUUUAGGAUGAAAUUCACCCUGUGCAGAGGGCCAGCACAAGGUCUAGACGCCACUCUAGGGUGAUCAGGUGCCCAGUUUUUGACUGGAAAGUCCUGUUGAAAAGGGGACCAGACAGUGUCUGGUCAGACUUACUGACUGAACACUCAAAGUCCGGUUACUGCAGGCAAGGGAUGCAGGGAGGCUGCCUCCUACCUUUGUUGGGUGGCUGCAGCCCCCAGCCCCGGCUCCGCAGGUGAGUCCCUCCUGGGGAUUGGUUAAAUUGGGGAUUGGUCCUGCUUUGAGCAGGGGGUUGGACUAGAUGAUCUCCUAAGGUCCCUUCCAACCCUGAUAUUCUAUUUUAUUCUAUUCUAUUCCCCCCAACUGCCCCUGGAUUCAGGGCUCCGCCCCCCCGCCACACCAAAUCUGGGGCUGUUGCUUAGUGGGUUUCUUACCCAACUUGCUGCCCCUCCCCCACUGGCUAUUGGGAAACUUCCCCCAGUGGCCAGUGGACCCUGCCCUGGGAGCUGUGGGGUGGGGAAGGAGCUGGGGCCUUGUGACACCUCCAGGAGCCGGGAUCCCACAGACACAGUGCUGGGGGGACCCAGCCCCAAAUACUGCCCCACACCCGGAGGCCUGGGUUCCAUCCCCGGCGCAGGGAGCGGGGUCAUAGAAUCAUAGAACUGGAAGGGACCUCGAGGUCUCUAGUCCAGUCCCCUGCUGGAGUUUUUCCUAAUGUCCAACCUAAAUCGCCCUUGCUGCAAUUUAAGCCCAUUGCUUCUUGUCCUGUCCUCUGAGGUUAAAAAAGAACAAUUCCUGUCCCUCCUCCUUGUAACAAUUCCUUGUCCCUCCUUUUAUGUACUUGAAAACUGUUCUCAUGUCCCCUCUCGGUCUUCUCUUCUCCAGACUAAACAAACCCAAUAUUUUCAAUCUUCCCUCAUAGGUCACGUUUUCUAGACCUCUGAUCAUUCGUGUUGCUCUUCUCUGGACUUUCUCCAAUUUGUCCACAUCUUUCCUGAAAUGUGGCGCCCAGACCUGGACACAAUACUCCAGCUGAGGCCCAAUCAGCGUGCAGUAGAGCAGAAGAAUUACUUCUUGGGUCUUGCUUACAACACUCCUGCUAACACAUCCCAGAAUGAUGUUUGCUUUUUUUGCAACAGCGUUACACCGUUGACUCGUAUUUAGCUUGUGGUCCACUAUGACCCCCAGAUCCCUUUCCGCAGAAGUCCUUCCUAGGCCGUCAUUUCCCAUUUAGUGUGUGUGCAACUGGUUGUUCCUUCCUAAGUGGAGUACUUUGCAUUUGUCCUUAUUGAAUUUCAUCCUAUUUACUUCAGACCAUUUCUCUGGUUUGUCCAGAUCAUUUUAAAUUUUAAUCCUGUCCUCCAAAGCACUUGCAACCCCUCCCAGCUUGGUAUCGUCCGCAAACUUUAUAAGUAAAAAGAAAAGGAGGACUUGUGGCACCUUAGAGACUAACCAAUUUAUUUGAGCAUGAGCUUUCGUGAGCUACAGCUCACUUCAUCGGAUGCAUACUGUGGAAAAUACAGAAGAUGUUCUUAUACAUACAAACCAUGAAAAAAUGGGUGUUUACCACUACUGGGGGCUGCAGGGGGCGGGGUGAGGGGAUUGUGGCUGAACGUCUGAUCCAACACUGCCCCCCCCCCCACGUUUUUCCUCCUGAUGCCCCUCCCCCAGGUGCCCAUUCAGGUCUCUCUGCUGGGGCCAUUGCCCAGGAUCGUCAUCGGGUCACUGGUGGGGAUGGCGCUGGUCGGAGUCGGGGUCUGUUUCCUCUGUGAGUAACAGCCCCCACCCCUCAGGAGAGCCAGGACCCCUGGGUUCUCUCCCUGGCACGGGGAGGGGAGUGGGGUGUAGUGGGUUAGAGUGGGAGUGAGGAGAGGGGCUGGGAGCCAGGACUCCUGGGUUCUCUCCCUGGCUCUGGGAGGGGAGUGGGGUCUCGUGGUUAGAGCAGGGGGGGGCUGGGAGGCAAGGCCCCAAUUCCAGCGUCUCUGAUGAUUCCUCCCAGACUCUUGCUGCUGGAACGAGACCCCCAGGGAGAACGAGGCACCUGUCCCAGUGUACGAGAACCUGCCCCCUACAGCCGGGCCGGGGCCAGUGGUGAGUGACAAGGGCCACCCCCACCCCCCUCUAUUCCAGGCCUCGCCCCUCCUCUGCGGAUGCCCCUCAGUCCAGACCCACAGCCCCCAGCCAGUUUACCCUGUCCCCUUUGGGCAGGGGUGGGGGAGGGUUACACAAACCCUGGGUCCCACUGACUCUCCCGGUUUCCCCCCCUUGAGGUCUCUGGGGUCUGGUGCUAAUGCCCCUCUUGCCUCUGUUGGGGACACUGGGGCAUGGCCACUAGGUAACUCGAGGGGAUGGAAGACCACGAGUGUCGAUGAAGCCCCCUCGCACUAGGCCCAAGUGUCCUUGGGCCCCCCCCGCCUGGAGGCACUCGCAGCAGUUAUGCUGAGGAUCUGCAACAAUAUGCUGCAGAGCCAGACUGCCUGAAACUAAGCAAGGCCAAACAGGGCAGAUAUGGAAGAACAAUGCUGAAUAAAGCAGCUUUCUGUAUGGUUUAACAAAUGAUACAGAGCACCAGGGAACUAGCUGGGAACUGGAUUGGCUGGCUAUAUGGAUACUUAGGGCAGCUUGCCAUUAGAUAAGUAUGCUGGGGAAAAGGAUGUAUAAAAGCCUGUGUAACUUCCUACUCUGGGUGCAGGAUUGGAGAUUUUAUUCUCCCUGGACCUUUUUGCCGCUGCAAAUAAACUUUUCUGCUUCUCCA